AUGUGGAGUAGUUUGUUCGGGAAUAAGGGCCCCAGGACAACUGGGCCCAGCUCUCCUGGUGUGUCCAGCCCUGCCGAAACUGCGGCAGCCGCCCUGCCAAAUGCUGUGCUCACAGAUGAAGUGAAGAGCGUGAAGUACUGGCAGGAGCAAGAGAAGGCUGCCGAAGUCAGGGUGACAGUUGUGGCCACAGACAAGUUUGUUCCUGUGGCAGUCCAGAACGACCCUUUGGCCCACAAAAUCCUGGAGCAUCUGUGUAAUUUGCCAAUUACGCACACACCUAUUGUGAUUCAGCCACGAGGUCUUGUCAACGGAAGCAAUACCUGUUUUAUGAAUGCGACUCUGCAGGUUCUGAUGGGUUGUCCCCCUUUCGUGCACAUGUUCAGGGCUUUCAAAAACCUUCCCCACAGACCAGGGAACAGUUCAACUCCAAUUUUUGAUUCACUCGUGCAGUUUGUGAACUCCUUCCAGAAUGGACAGAGAAUCAGAAAUCAAGGUUCACGGAAUAAGAAGACUGCUUAUGUGGACAUUAACGUAGGCCAGCCAUUCAGUCCCACCCCGCUCCUGGGGGUGGCACAGAACAUUUUGGGACUCCAUAUCGGAGUACAACAUGAUGCGGAAGAAUUUCUCAGCCAGAUAUUGAUGAUCUGCCAUGAAGAGCUGGAGAAUGUCAUGAAACUCCAUCACGCUAAUGGUUUGAAUAAUAAUGAAAAGGAACACAAAAGAAAUGGCUUCCCUGAAACUAUCACCAGUGAAGUCGAUGUGCGAAGUGAUGGUGAUGAAGAUGAUGAAUCUUGGUUAAAAGUUGGCCCCAAGAACCAUCAUGUGGAAACCAACGUGAAUGACUGCGGCCAGACUCCGCUGUCCAGCAUAUUCGCAGGUCUCAGCCGAUCGUGUCUGGUACGAGAGUCGGGAAAGACAAGCGAUACCGUGGAUUCAUUCUUCACACUCAAGCUGGACAUACAGGUGGAAAAUGUGCACAGUGUCAGCGAGGCGCUCCUUCGACUCAACAUGGCCGAGACAGUUCAUGACGCUGACGGAGGAAAGGUUCAAGGACAGAGACGUAUGUUCUUUGAUGUCCUCCCACCAGUUCUGAUCAUGCAUCUGAAGCUGUUCCAGUAUUCUAAUGGCAAUGGACAGAAGAUUCAGAAGAAGAUCGAUUUUGAUGUGGAUCUGGUGAUACCUAAAGAGACAUUAUCCAGAGUAGGGAGAACAAAACAGGCAUCAGCGAAAGCUAGAACCUACAAGUUGUUUGGAGUGGUCAAUCAUCAUGGCUUAAAGAUGAACGACGGCCACUACACUUCUGACGUCUACCUUCCAGUGGCGAACGGCUGGCUGCACUUUGACGACAGCGAGGUCACCCACAUCAGCGAGUCUGAAGUCCUGCAGUACAGCGAAAGACAGAUGCCUUACUUGUUAUUUUACAGGAGAGUGGAUUUGUAG